CAUCUGCAUUCUAUAAAAAGAUUGUAACUGAUUUUGAUGAUCUAAAAAAUAUAUUGUCAAUAUUAAUAGAAAAGAUAUUAUGUGUUAAGUAUAAUGAUAUAAUCGUAAUGUCAUUAAUAAUUGCAAUAUUCUCAUGGAAUGAAGCGCAAAGGGCACUGAAAUAUUACAUAUCGAGUAUUUCGUCAAAUAAUUUGGAACUAAGAAUAUCAGAAAAUCAAUGGCAGAAAUUGAUUAAAAGAGUUAAAAAAUAUGGCAGCGGAAAAUGUAAAAAUUAUAUGAAUAGGCUUAUUCUGCAACAAGUUAAAAUUAGUGAAAAUGCAUCAGAUAAAUCUCCCACGACGCUUAAUACUUUGAUAGGUGGUUUAGAAUGUUGUUGGGCUUUAAUAUUAAAGUCUGAUGUACAAAUAAUGGGAGUCAAAAGCAUAGAGAUAUUAUAG